AUGGACUCUCCGAAGAACCGCCCUGGCUUCCGCUCACCAGCGUUCAACCGCCGGUACUGCCUCAUCUUUCUCUUUCUAUUCUGGUCAUUCUGGGCUGCGUACUCGCUCUAUUUCCAUGGCGCCCUCUACCGGAUAACCUGGGUCACGAUGAGCAAACGGGAGCAUUCCAUUGUUGGAAUUCAGAAGAUUCUAAAUGGAACUACCCGGCUUAUGAAUGCCGCAAUGAAAGAGGGGCCUGAUGUCUGGAAAGUUCGCUGGGGGGACGAUGCAGAGAGCCCGUCGCACAGCUGGGAGGAAGCUGAUGACGAUAGCGCUGACGUGGAAGAAGAAGAAGAAGAGGGAAACGAGGCAGAUGACGAGAGCAUUGACCUUCUUCCGUUGGAGCCGCUCCACGAGGAGUUCCUCGCGGGCCGCGCGACGGUGUUCCUUCUGCGGAUCCAGAAAGCGGCCAGCAGCACGUUGGACGUCAUGUUUUCCACGCACGUCAACAUGGCGGAGUGUCAGCCCAACAUUCGCGCGCUCGAGCGACUGGAAGAAGAGAAGUGCAACCAGCUCUUCAUCCUCCUGCACUAUGCGGAGUAUAAGCCGGACAGCUGCACCGGACUGACGGCUUGGGAUGACCCCGCCUGGGAGGAUCUCGACUGCAUCCCGUGGAUCUUCUCAUACACAUACGAGGCGAAAUAUCACCGCCUGCCAGAGCCAGAACGCGCGCGCGUCGCGCGCACCUUCCAGAGCUCCCGCCUCAUCAGCGGUCACUUCUCGUACGGCAUCCAUUCGAUCGGCCACCGGGGCGCCUUCGCGUACGUCACCACGCUGCGUCACCCGGUGUCACGUGUCGUCAGCUGGUGGAACUGGAACAUCCAACUGGGGAAGCUGUCGGGGAUCGUUUCCGCCGGAAACGCGACGUUUGACGAUUUCGUCUGGGAUGACGGAUUCCGGUUCGGCGGCUUCCAGAAGAGCAACCACAUGACGCGCGUUUUGUGCAACGAGGAGACGGGGAACCUUUUGAUUGUUUGUUUCCUGCAUAUUCGGGGCUCUGAUGACCGGGGCUCUGAGGGGCGUCUCGGAGAAGACACGCCGCUCGGGGCGCUCACCGAAAUCACGCGCGCGCAUUACGAGUGCGCGCUGCGCAACCUGCGGAACUUCGCGCUCGUGUUUCUGGCGGAGAACAUGUCGGACGUCGAGCCGUUGGCCCCUUUGGUUUCGCGCCUGUUCAACAUGAAGAGAACGGUGGGUCCGCUGAAAGGCACCGAAACCAACCCGACCACGCUGGACGAGUCCGCGGGAAUGGUGGUGCGAUCCAGCUUGUCAGAGGCCACUACGGCAAAGCUGGCGGAACUGAACAGCUGGGAUGCGAUGCUGUAUGAGAAGGCGGGGAAAUUGCAUGAGCUCUCAGUCGCAAGGUUGAAGGAGAUGGCAGCGUCGAAGCAGUGGAGCAAAUACGUUGAGGAUGCGGCAGAGAUUGUCGAGGAUACGUCAGAGGAUGGCUAG